AUUUCAGCAGUCAACAUUUGCUGCUCCAUUGCAUAGGAACUCGCACAACACCUGUAUGACAACUCCGCAUAAACAUGCAAGACAAUUGUUUGGACGCCACCCAGCAAAGCGGCAGCGCCGCAGAAACAGCUGACUUUUGUUUGCAACAACCACAGCCAACAAUGCGAAGAACUCUGAAGCGACCCCGUGGAAAAAACUUCUCAGUGUCAGAGGAGCGCAUUCUUCACCAACUGGUGGAUAUGCACAAGGAUGUGCUAUCCAACAAGAAAAACGAUGCGGCCACCUGGAAGCUGAAAUCCGACACUUGGGCAAAAAUAGCUGAAGAGUUCUGCAUGCAUUCAGGUGUCGUUCGCAACUGGGAGGCGCUGCGUGAUAAAUAUACCAAUACGAAAAGGAAGGAAAGGCGGUACAAUGGCGAGACACUGGCCUCCGUUUCAUCGCAGUCGGAGGAGCCAAACGAUGAUACGGAUGGGAAUUGCCUUUCAGAAAGCUGCUACCCAUCCGUGAACGAUUUUGAAGAAAGCAACAUUCUGGCGCCUAGCGAGCCCCAAUAUGAAGCCAGCUACUCGGAAUGUAGUCAGGAUGCAAAGAAAAACUAUUGGGUGGCAGGGGUGGCACUGUUAAAGAUGCAACAGCAGUACCAUCGCGAUGAGAACGCUAGACAAGCAGAGAGGCAUUCCAUUGAAAUGGAGAAGCACCGUUUAGAGCUGCACAAUCUGCGUCUGAAGAACCAUCUGCUCGAACUGGAGAUUGAGGAGAGAAUUGAACGACGGUGAUGCUGUGUAGGUUCAUCCGUUUAUCGUUGAGUAUUAUUAGGAUAACUUGUUAAAGCCUCUAGUCUGGGACUUCCAUCUUCAUUGUUCACAAACUUUUCACUUAAUUUUGUGCUCAGCAGUUCAGUUUGGUUGGUUUUUAUUAAUUUACAUCAAUCCAUUGACUA